GAUCUCAGAAGUGGCCCCGAAUGGUUGAUUGACAUUGGUUUUGUUUUUCUCGAUCGUUUCAUUUAUUAUAUAUAUAUAUCUAUAUAUACUGCAACGAACGUGAACAUCAUAAACCAGUAAAAUAAGUGUGUGUUUCAUUCAUAAAUUCAUCUAUAACCCUCAUAAUUAUUAACAAGAUGCUAAUGGCGAUUUAUUGAAGCGAGCCGACUGUUGGUGUCCGGACUUGCUUAUUAUUUUUAAAAUUAUCAUUGACUCAAAAAAAAUUGGUGUAGAAUAAGCCGAGUUUAUAUCAAGGAUCAUGAAAAUGGUGUUGUCACAACGGCAGAGGGAGGAGUUAAAUAAGGCGAUCGCAGACUAUUUAAGUACCAAUGGUUAUCAAGAUGCUCUGGAAGCAUUCAAAAAGGAAGCUGAUAUGCCAGGAGAAGUUGAACGUAAAUACGGUGGAUUGCUUGAGAAAAAAUGGACCUCCGUCAUACGGCUACAGAAAAAGGUAAUGGAAUUAGAGUCUAAGCUGUCUGAAGCUGAGAAAGAAUUCAUAGAGGGUGCACCAACGCGAGGAAAACGUUCGUCAACAGAAUGGAUUCCCAGGCCACCUGAGAAACACUGUCUAACUGGUCACAGAGCGCCAAUAAAUCGAGUUAUUUUUCAUCCUGUAUUCAGUCUUAUUGUAUCAGCGAGUGAAGAUGCGACAAUUAAAGUAUGGGAUUUUGAAAGCGGAGAAUUCGAACGUACCCUGAAGGGACACACAGACAGCGUGCAGGAUGUAGCAUUCGAUGCGUCAGGAAAAUUACUGGUAUCAUGCAGCGCAGAUAUGUCUAUAAAGAUAUGGGACUUUCACCAGUCGUUUGCGUGUGUUAAAACAAUGCACGGUCAUGAUCAUAACGUAAAUUCAGUUGCAUUCGUACCACAGGGUGACUUCGUAGUAAGUGCCUCGCGGGAUAAGACCAUUAAAAUAUGGGAAGUAGCCACAGGUUACUGUGUAAAAACAUUAACUGGCCACAGAGAAUGGGUCAGAAUGGCAAGGGUCAGUCCUUGUGGUGAACUAAUUGCCAGUUGUUCUAAUGAUCAGACCGUAAGGGUAUGGCACAUGGCCACUAAAGAGACCAAAGUCGAACUGCGUGACCACGACCACGUUGUCGAAUGCAUUGCCUGGGCACCAGAAAGCGCAAGAGCAGCAAUAAAUGCUGCCGCUGGUGCUGACAAUAAAGGAGCACACGAGGGUCCAUUCUUAGCGUCAGGAUCGCGUGACAAGUCGAUUCGCGUAUGGGAUGUCAGUGUUGGUGUUUGUCUAUUUGUACUUCUUGGUCAUGACAACUGGGUACGCGGAAUCGUCUUCCAUCCUGGCGGUAAAUUCAUUGUCAGUGUGUCAGACGACAAGACAAUGAGAGUUUGGGACACUCGUAAUAAACGUGCUAUGAAGACGCUUGAGGCACACGUUCACUUUUGCACUUCUAUUGAUUUUCACAAAAGCCAUCCUUAUGUGGUAACUGGUAGCGUAGAUCAGACAGUGAAAAUUUGGGAAUGUCGCUAGUCACCGAAUUUUCGAUAUUUGUAAAAUAUUUUUUUUUUCUCUCAAAAUAUAAAUAUCGAAAAUAAAAUAAGUAAAUGAAACCAAGACGAGGAAGACGAAGAUCCAGAUGCGCUUGUGGAUGUAACGUGGAUAUUUAAUAAAGGGAGUGAAAGAUAAACCAAGUUAACGGCCGGAUGAGUAAGCUAAUUACAUACAAAAGCUAUCGUAAAUACUACUACUAUUAUUAAA